UCGAAAUCUUUCUUUGAUCGUUGAAAAUUUGACCAAUCAUAUCCACUCAUGAGCCAACGGCAAAAUGUCGGCUCCAGAUCUAAAUCUGAUGUGUCCAGGUCACGUGAUCUUGAUUGUUGCCGAACUAGCGCGAUAAAACCUCAACCUCACUUCCAGCUCUCCGAUCAACGACAAGCCCCGGAUACCCCCAUCACGAACCAUCUCACAAUGGCGUCACGCUUGGCACGAAGCGCCGUCGGCGCUCCCCUCCUCCGACCCGUCCUCGCCCGCCGAGCUGCCCCUGCCAUCUCUGUUGCCGCCGCGCGAUACAACAGCAAUGUUCCCGCCGAGGACCCCAAGAAGAAGGCCCAGAGCAUCAUCGACGCUCUUCCCGGUAACAGUCUGCUCAGCAAGAGCGCUAUCCUGAGCUCCGCCGCUGGUCUUUCCAUCUACGCCAUCUCCAGCGAGUACUACGUCAUGAACGAGGAGACCAUCAUCGCCAUCUCCCUUCUCUCCGUCUGGGGUGCCUUGAUCAAGUACGGUGGCCCCGCCUACAAGGAGUGGGCUGAGGCGCAGAACAACAAGAUCAAGAACAUCCUCAACAGCGCCCGUGCCGACCACACCGAGGCCGUCAAGGGCCGCAUUGAGGACGUCAAGCAGAUGGGCAGCGUUGUUGAGAUCACCAAGAACCUUUUCGAGGUUUCAAAGGAGACCGCCAAGCUUGAGGCUGAGGCUUUCGAGUUGGAGCAGAAGACUGCUCUUGCUGCUGAGGCUAAGGCCGUCCUUGACUCUUGGGUCCGAUACGAAGGCCAGGUCAAGCAGCGACAGCAGAAGGAGCUCGCUCAGUCCGUUAUCGCUAAGGUCCAGAAGGAGCUUGAGAACCCCAAGGUCCUUCAGCAGAUCCUCCAGCAGAGUGUUGCUGAUGUUGAGAAGAUCGUUGCCUCCAAGGCCCAAUAGAUAAUUACACGCCGCCGCUAGAGUCUCGGUCCCUAGAUUCCACGGUUUUUCUUUGUACCCCUUCUGUGUCAUAACAACACCUGUGCAUUAGCCGAAUCAAUCAAGACCCUAGUUACUUCAUUGUCGGAAAGCUGUUACCCGUGAGAUCUUGGGAAUUUUUGGGUCGAUUGUGUUCAAUUGGGUUUGUCGGAGCUUGUAAAUUGCUCGUCGGAAAAGGUCGGGAUCUCCGAUAUCGCCUAUUCUCGGCGUAUAGCAAAUGUCCAAAACAAAACAUUUCAGCACAACGACUUCGUCUUUCUUAGUGAAUCAUUUCAACAAAUGCCCGCCGUACAUUUUUGCAGUCUGUCGCAAAUCGUCCCAUUUGGUCAUAAUGCUUCAUCAUUACUCGAGGCUCUUUGAUGAAUAUGGGUUGUUCUGAAACUAUCGUGCAUCUACACAUGAUUAAUCAUACAUGGAAAAGACCAGCAACCUCCAACGCCAAUUCCAAAGGCAUAUGCUCUAUGCUUCCUAAUAUCUUUGUCCAAGAAAACCACCCCUUUUCAUCAAACAUUUAGGAAAUAGUGAUUAAGAAAUGCGUAAAGCAGGAAACUUGACGGGAAAUAUUUAACGUGAAUAUUAGUAGAUCGGUCUCGAUUCCUCCCACUUUUUUACUUCAGGGGUUGCCUUUGUUGGCUCUGGCGACUCUAAUUGAGAGUUAGGACCGAGUGAUACCCGGCCGCUCCGUCGCCUCCUUGCACCGUCACCCGCAACAGGGCCAAUCCACUCCCAAGCGCGGCCUACCUCGCCGCUUCUUCCUUCGCGCUGACUGGUUCGAACAUUGCUGUUUUGUUCUACAACAGCUCGAACCCGCUGCCAGAUGCGUUCUCGCUCAGACAAUGAGUGAAUAGCCCGGAGGACGUCAUCUCUCAGGUUCGGUAAAAACAGCCAAGGAUCAUCGAUGCCUUCUUCACCUAGCUCCUUCUGAUUGGCAAGUCUACCCAGUACUAGGUCGACGAGAGUAGGAAUUUGAGCAGUUGUAGCUACAUGCUUCCGAUAUCGGGCUCGCAAGUAGAAAAUAACGAGAAUUAAAACGCUCAAAAGUCCAGCUGGGAAUCGAUAUCUUGCCAGGCCGAGUCGGAUUGAUCGUUUGAUCGUGCAGGUGUACGGAAGGCGAGCGAGAGACGAGGACGAUAGCCAUCUGUCUGAAAGAUCGGAGGAAUUGGACGAUCUGUAGGGUCAAUGGUGGAUCUGGUUAGUCAAUAGUCAGAAACAGUUGGAGCAAUGAAAUUGUCGCCAGAUCGGUCAUGAAAGUCCUGGGUUGUAAAGAGAGAAAGAACUUACGGUGCUGUCUCAAUGAUCUCGACCUCAUCUCUAGCUGCGACCUCGCCAAUGGCGGCAGCCCAC